UCGUUCGCCUCGCCGCUGAAACGAAAUCCCAAAUCCCGUUACACAGAGCAGGAGGAGAGGGAAGAGAAAUACCGCUGCCAUCCCGUUCCGUUCGGGCCCCUCCUCCCGUUCGUAAACACAGGCCCCGGGAGCAGAGAGUGAGACAGAGAGAGAUGGGAGAAGAGACCCUCGUGGCCAUGCCGCUCGCGCCCCACCACCACCACGCCCGCCUCGACGCGCUCCCCCACCACCUCGCCCCCGCUCCACCGCCGCCGGAGCCAACGGCUGCGGACAAGAAGGAACGGGAUCGUCCCUCUGAAGGCGUCGUCGAGCCGCCGACGCGAGUCCCGCGGCCUGAGACCCCGCCCGGGCUAGCAACCGUGGCGGGCGCCGGCGAGGUGGAGGAGGAUGUGUACUACGCGCGCAAGAUGCUGCAGGGCGUGGUGCUUCGACCGCCGCCGCACCUGCCGCAGCCGGAGGCGCCGCCGGGGCUGGCCAGGGUGCUCUCCGCGCCCACGCCGCACGGCUACGCGGGAGAGGAGGAGGAGGAGGAGGAGGAGCAGAGGCCCGUGGAGCGGUCCGCCUCCGCAAACUCCGCCGGCACGCCCGUCGUGGACGUGGCGUCCAUCGGGCGGUUCUUCCGCGACCGCCGCGACGUGCUGUCCUCGGCCAUCACCCGCCGCAUCUCGUCGCUCAAGGAAGCCUCGCCGUCGUCUCCCGCGGUCGACACCUGCAGCGUGCAGGAGAUCCACCUGCCCAACGUGAAAGUCACCGUGCGCCUCAAGGACGCGAUCGCCGCCGACGCCGCCGAGGACGAGGCCACCCUCGGAGGCGGUUGCGACGACGGGUAUUCCUUCUCGGGCACCCACAUCAAGGGCCGGGUCAGCUUCUUCUCCCGCUCGGGCUGCCGUGACUGCGCCGCCGUGCGCUCCUUCUUCCGGCAGUCCGGUCUGCCCUACGUCGAGAUCAACCUCGACGUGUUCCCGGAGCGCGAGGCCGACCUCGCCUCCCGCGCGGGCGCCGCGGCCCGCGUGCCCCAGAUCUUCCUCAACGAGAAGCUCCUGGGUGGGCUCGUCGUGCUCAACUCCCUGCGCAACAGCGGCGAGUUCGAGCGCCGCGUGCGCGACCUUGCCGGCAGGCGGUGCCCCGACUCGGCGCCGCGGGUACCCGUGUAUGGGUUCGACGAGUCUGGCAAGGAGGAGGAGGAGGACGACGCCAUGGUAGGCAUCGUGAGGGUGCUCCGGCACCGGCUGCCUAUCCAGGACAGGUUCGUCAGGGUCAAGCUCGUCAAGAACUGCUUCUCCGGCGCGGACAUGGUCGACGGCAUCGUGAACCAUUUGGAGUGCAGCAGGAAGAAGGCUGUGGAGAUCGGCAAGGAGCUCGCAAGAAAGCACUUCAUUCACCAUGUCUUCAGAGAGAACGACUUCGAAGACGGCGGCCAGAACCUGUACCGGUUCUUGGAGCACGACCCUGCCGUCCCCAAGUACUACAACUUCCGGGGUUCCACCAACGACGGCGAGCCCAAGCCGGCCGCCACCAUUGGGCAGAGGAUGACCAAGAUCAUGGUCGCCAUCCUGGAGGCCUACGCCUCCGACGACCGCCGCCACCUCGACUACAGCCGCAUCGCCACCAGCGAGGAGUUCAGAAGAUAUGCGAACCUGGUGCAGGAGCUUCAGCGGGCGGACAUGUCCGCGCUCCCUGCCGAGGAGCGGCUGCCGUUCUUCCUGAACCUGCACAACGCGAUGGCCAUCCACGCCGUGAUCAGGAUCGGACAGCCGGGGGCUGUCGACUGGCGGCCCUUCUUCGUCGACUUCCAGUACGUCGUCGGCGGGCACCCCUACUCCCUCGCGGCGAUCAGGAACGGCAUCCUCAGGGCCAACCGGCGGCAGCCCUACACGCUGGCCAAGCCGUUCGGCUCCAACGACCGGAGGCUCGAGCUGGCGCAGCGACGGGCGAACCCGCUGGUGCACUUCGCGCUGUGCGACGCGACGCGGUCCAGCCCGAUCGUGCGGUUCUACUCGUCGCAAGGCGUGGAGCCGGAGCUCCGCCACGCGGCCAGGGAGUUCUUCCUCCAUGGCGGCGUGGAGAUCGACCUGGAGAGCCGGACCGUGCACCUCACCAGGAUCAUCAAACGGUACAGCACUGAUUUUGGGCAGGACAGGGACAUCCUCCGGUGGAUCCUCAACUACCUGGACCCGACCAAGGCCGGGCUCCUGACGCAUCUCCUGAACGACGGCGGCGCGAUCAACAUCUCCUACAUGAACUACGACUGGUCACUGAACGUUUGAGCUGAAUUCACCAGCCGAGUCUACAUGUGCAUACGGUGCCGGAACUUGGGGCAGUGCCACGAUACACUCAGAGUCAGAUUUGCAGUCUGUUGGAUUGGCGAUUGGCGAACAGGACGAAUCAUUGAGCACACAGGUCAUCAGCAAAUGGAGCUUAAUCUGUAGGGGAAAGUCCUUUUGAAAGUGAUCGGUAGAUGGAACUAUCAACUAUGGAAGUCUGAAGUUGUAUAGUACAUAUAAUUGUGAGCUCCUGUGGGAGGAAAGGAAACGCAGUGUGUGCUGUGCGUGUUGGUCGCUUUUUUGUCAACGAAGGGUGUAUGCAUUUUGGUCAUGAUAGUUGAGUGUCAUUGUGUUGUAACGAAAAUAAAAAUUAUACAAGAUAAUAUUAAAUAUAUAAAAAACUAUUGUUUAUAUCAA